AUGGUCAGAACCAGAGGUUUAGGUCGUGCCCUAGGUUGGGUUAUAGGCAGAGCCGUGGGGAGACAGGAUGAUCAUGAUUCAGAUGAUGUUCCCCAGCGACGAAGGCCUAUCGCAUCUGCAUGUAGGCAACGAGAAGCUGCCCAUGUUGCUAAGGAUGCUCCUGAGAUGACUAAGGACGUAGCUGCACCUAGUGCAGAAGCUCCUGAUGAUGGUGAAGGAUCUCCUAUUGAUGAUGCUGAGGGAUUCCCAGGUGGACCACGUGACCCAUCAGUGCUGACUGAGUUUGCUGACCAUGUUGCAGUUAGCAUAUGGAAUGGAGAGGAAUGCCCUAAAUUGAAGUUAGCCUCCCACAGAAGGAAAGUUGAGAAAUUUGAGAGGUCAACUCCAAAAAUUGAAGGGCUAGUCGCUGCCACUAGAUUAACUCCUUUGAUAGUGUGUUCAAUAGACACUGGCGAUCGGGGAGUUAUAUCCACUUUUGUCGAGAGGUGGCACAAGAAGACUAGCAGUUUCCAUCUUCCAGUAGGAGAGCUGACCAUCACGUUGGAUGAUGUGGCGUCACUACUUCAUCUUCCGAUCAUAGGCGCCUUCCAUAGCUUCGAGCUUCUGCAUGUGGACGAAGCGAUGAUUAUGGACCGACAGCUUGCUGGUUACAUUACUUUAUUACAGUGUUGGAUAUAUGAGCACUUUCCCAGUGUUCAUGAGAGCGUGACUGAUGAAAAGUAUGAUGAGACGUCACCACGUGCCUGCCAGUGGCUUACUAUGAAAGCAUAUUCGAAGGGAUUCCCUGCAUCAACGUACCAGACACGUAUAGAUGCACUGACAAUCCCUGACGUAUGCUGGAUGCCUUAUGGUGAGCACCGAGGAGUUAGGGCGUUUGACCUCAUUUCAUGCUUUCAAGGUGAGCUUAGAUAG